UAUAAACCAGCACACGGAACUUCAUGGCUCAGGCUUCUCCACAUCCUCCCGAGAGAAACGUGGGAGGAUGGAGCUUGCAGUGCCUUUGGGAAGGGGGCAGGAAGCCCCAUCCUGGGGCUGGGAUGCAGAGUUUCCAUCCCUGGGGUCUCCUGGGAGGGAGGGGAAACAGAAACCACCCAGGACAAAACAAGGCCACGAGAUGAGAAGCACAACCAAACGUUUUUCCCCUCCCCACCGUGAGAAAUCCAGCCCAGGGAAAUCCCUGCUCCAUCCCCACCAGCGCUGGAAAAACCACCCCCAGGGAAUGAGGGACACAGGGGAGAGGGAUGACUGAAGUUUUUAGACCCCUGCCCGGGUCUCUCUGAGCGCAGAUCUGGCCAACUGCAAACUGAUGGCCUUCCCCGUUGGGAUCUACAAAGCCAUGAGGAGCGUCACCGAGGGCAUCCACCGCAUCUCCCUGGCCAACAAUGAGCUCAAGUCCAUCACCAGCCGAUUUGUCACCACCUUCAGCCAGCUGACAGAGCUCAACCUGGCAGGCAAUUACCUGCACCGCCUGCCCGAGGAAAUCACCUCCCUGCUGCACCUCCGGGCCAUCGACCUCUCCCGCAACAGGUUCCGGCGUUUCCCGGAGCCCCUGGCCACUGUCCCCGCCCUGGAGACCAUCGACCUGGAAGAGAACGAGAUCGCAGAGGUGCCGACAGAUAAAUUGGCCUCCAUGGCACUGCUGCGGAGCCUCAACCUGCGGGCCAACCCCGUCGGCCCCGAGGUGCGGCUGCUGGUGCGGCCCCUCGUCCCCUUCGAGCUGCUGCUGUCUCCAGAGGAGCCCAUCCCUAAAGCCUGACAGGAUCCCAGGGAGUCCCGAGGGGUGACAGCCCACCAGAGUGGUUUGGCUUAGGUCAGUCCCUGCUACGCCCCAGUUUCUGUGCCAAAGCCUCAGCCAGCGGGUCCCAAACCCGAGCCAGCGCCUCGUUUUUCCUAAAUUAAAAGCCAAACAGCAGGGCUCCCCCGUGGAGGGAUGGCUCUGCCAAAUCCCGAGCCAGGCAAUCUCCUGCUUAUGUGUUUUGGGCAUGCAGAGGAGCUGCGACACGUGUGGUGGGAGGUUUGGGUAAAGCUGGGGGGGAUCUGGAUGCUCACCCUCCCACCUGGGCGGUGACAGAAGCAGCCGGGAUGGUGUGGGACAUCCCUGCGGCUGGAAGGGCUCUCCCUGGAAUUGCUGACGUGGUGGUGUGCCAAGUGCCUGAUUAAAUGCUUUCCUGUUACCUCGGGGGGUUUGAUUCUGAUUAAAUUCGAAUUACCAGUCUUGUCCUGAAAGAAGCCCCUCC